AGGUAGAGAGGGGGAGAGCGAAAGGAAGAGAGAGCGCGCGCGUCACGUGUUGUGUUUUACCGGUAACGCGUUCCACCGGUAACGAUCUAAAUUUUUCCAGCGAGGAGGAGCUUGCGAGAAGUCGUCGUUGCAACGAGAAGGAGAGGCAUAAUAAAGUUUAAGGGGACUUGAAAAGCCUCGUUUCCUCCGCGGUGCUGGCAGUCUCGUCGACGGCUCGCAUCCUUCUGUUAUCGUCAUUAUCGUUCUUACUAUCAUCGUUACUCGAGGUUAUUCUCGAAUCGUGGAUCGCACAAAAUCACGAAAUCGCGUCCACGCGAAAGCUGGAAGAGGAGAAAGAGGAGACGUUGAAGAGGAGGAAACGGAAGACGAGGAGCAAAAGAAAAGAAAUCGUUCUUUGUCGCGAAAAGAUGGAUACUAGAGUGGAGGAUAGUGGAUAUAUCACGUGACAUAUCGACCCGAAAGCGAGAGGAUUUAAAUUGAAUUUCAUUCCGGGCGCACGCGAAUUCGCGCCGGUGUACGUGUAUGUGAGAGCGCGCGAGCGCGUGCGCCUGUGUAUUUUACCGUGUGUUAUCAUCGUCUACUCUUCGACUACCUAACGAGAAGAAGAGAGAAAGAGAGAGAAAGAAAAAAUAAAAAUAUAUAUAUAUAUAUACACACACACACGUAUGAAAUAUUAUAGUCGAAACGAUAUAUAUGUAUAUGUGUGUGUGUAUGCAUGUGUACGUGCGCGUAUACACAUCGUUUACCAAAUGGUUUAAAUCUCACGCGUGUUUCGGAGUGUAAACUCGAAUAUCUCUGGAAUCUAUAUCGACGUUAUUUACGUAUAUGAGUGUACAUAUACACGUAGCGUACGAUCGCGUACAUCGGCUCUACGAAGAAGGGAAAGGAGAAGAAGGACCCGAUGGACGACGAUCAACGACCAAAACGAAUUUUGUCAAUUAUACCGUUGAAUCGUUCGUUUCGACUUCGGACGUUCGAUUAGCAUACGCGUUUUAAGCUGAUUCCUCUCUAUGGUCUCUGUCCGAUCUACCUCUUAUAGAUAAAAAGAAAAAAAAUAGAAAAAAAUACAAGGAGAAAGGGUGAAGGUACAAAGGAGAGAAAAAGGAAAACGUCGACAACGAAAGAGCGGUGAACGGCCUAAAUAUGAAUAUGCAUAUACGCGAGGUGCACUGACUCGAGGAGCACGCUCGACGAUGAUGUCGUACCUGUUUUAAUUCGUCGUUAAUAGAUUUUUCUUCCGAUAGGAGAGUAUUCUAAUCUCCCGUGCCGUAUCAGAGAUUUACCACGGCAUCAUGACCGCUCGGAACUGCUUCCAAAGUGCCACUUGCCGAAUAUCGCGCGACAUCGAGCUUUCCAACGGAGCGAGGCCCGGUGCCUUCCACGUUCCCCGCGCGAUGUGUUGUAGUGUCUAAGAACAGUGACGGAGACAGUAUUUUGUGCUCGAGAAGAGAAAGCGAUCGGAGGACGAUCGUACGACGAAGUGACUAGCGACGAUGCGAGGUGGACACGUUGCUGGACGCGAGGAAGCUCAUGGAGGAAAAGUACGUUUCUGCGAAUCGACGAGAGUACGAAGCGUCAUCUUCCCCUCGGAACCGUACGUCGAGUUCAGGAUUUAAUUCGAGAUUCGAUUCGAUUCGAGCCGACGCGAAAAAGGUCGAGAAGAAGGCGAUGGGCUGCUCGACGAGGCGAUCGCGCGAACUCGCACCGAUGAGCACCGCGACGACCGAGAAAGCUUAGAUCGGGGGAAAACGUUCGAGAGAAGAGUUUGAAAAGGAAGAGGGAGAAGGGGGAAGAGCAACGAGUCGAAGAAAAGUGAGAAAGUAAAAAGAGGGAAAAGAAAUCGAGAAUGGAGUCCACGAAGUUGGGCGGCACCGCGCCGACCAGCCCGAGAGCGCACUCGCCCGCUUUGCCGAGCUACUGUACCAGCUCGGACGGUAACAUCGAUUACAUCAUCGGCGACUACAUGGAGAGAUUGGGCACGAGGCUCAAUAUCCUCGAGACCGAACUGAAGUACGCGUGGAGGGCCCUGGAUUUGCUCAGUCAGGAGUACAUAAAAAUGUGGGAGAGAUUGGAAAAAUUGGAGGGUCUCUUGUACGAGCAACAGACGGUGAUAAGUCAGCUGAUCGAGUUUUACGCGAGCGGCGGCGGACACGAGAACGGCGCCGAGGUCGUCGAGGAUACGUUGGCCGAGCAGCAGGAUUCCGUCGGCGAGUUGGACGCGAUCGCCAAGAGCUUGAACGCGGCGAUAGGCAUGGAAGAGACGAGCGCGCUGAGAGAGAAGCUAACUCAGCAGGAAUUGGCGAGAAUGCACGGUCUGGCGCAGGACAGCGCGACCGCGAACGCCGUGGUAACGGACAUGCACAGGAACGUAAGAAAUUUGGAGACUCUGGAGACGCUCGAGGAGGAGGGCAACAUACCGGACGAAGCCUUCUAUCGCAGCCUGAACAACGCCUAUAGGGAGGACCUGAUAUGCGGCGACACGUCGAGGCCUACCUCGCAGCUCGGUAUGAUAUGGGAGGAGGCCGAGGACGAGGACGUGAACGGUAAAAAGGAGAGCGAGAUCGAUAUCUUCGAGAAGGGUUCGCCGAAGGAAAAGGAGGCGGAGGAAACCUCGGUGCAGCAAACCAAAGAGGAGAUUCAAGCGUCGGUCACGAAGAAGGAGGACGAAGCGGACGAGGACGAGGGCGAGGUAUUCAGCGCGGCCGAUUACAAGAGCUAUCGAGGCAAUACUCCUUGCGUGAGCGAACAAGACCUCGCUCAGCUCUCGAGGCUGAGCUCGAUCGACCAGGUCGCUUUGGAGAAGCUCCACGAGCUCGACCGAUUGACCAGCAAGUUGCAAAAGGAUUCGCAAAAUCUGAUCGAACUGCAGUCGCGACUGAUAGAGUCGCCGAAGCGCCGAUACUCUUCCGAGGCCGAGGCUAAGCUGGCCGAGGAAGCGAGCAGCAUAGACGAGCAAUUGCGAAAGAUCUACGCGGAAACGGACGUGGACAGUUGGACGUUUUCGAAGAGUCCCGGAUCGACGGGCAGAUCUUUGUCGAGGGUAAGCACCGAUAGCGGCCUAGCGACCGACGGUGACUUCACCGCGAGAUCCAUCUCGCCGAGAUUGAGUUCCGCUUCUAGGAGCAAUUUGGACUCGAUUUCGAGCACUUACACGCCACCUAGAUUAGGAUACGCCUCGGCGGUCCUAGAGAAGAGUCCCGAGCCGGUGAUACAGUUGCCCAUCGACGUGGGUAACUUUGCCAAGGGCUACGCGGAGAACAAGGAGCUGACCGAUCUGAUGGCCGAAAGUUUCGCGGCGGUCACUUGCGCGUCGCCGACCAUUUACAGCACCACUACCGACAAGGUACCGUCGCCGACGCUCUCGGUCGGGAGCGUCCACAGCGUCCACAGCGUUCACAGCGUCCAAAGCAUUCGAACGAGACAAGACGGCUACUUCGGCAGCUCCGCCCGAUUGAACUUGGACUUUCAAGAGAGUAGAACCCCGCCGAGCCCCUCGCCGAGUUCGCCACCGCCCCCGGCGCCGCGAGAUUCGACCGAGUCCUUCCUGAUGCCUACCGCGACGGAGGAUAGAGAAGCCGAAGCGAAGAGACCUCAGAGUCCUGGUGGUUACUUGAGAAACGCCGAGAAACUGGUGUCCCUGGAUCAGGGACGGUUAAGCCCGCGUACGCCUCAUUCGCCUAAAUCCCCGAGAGUAUCGCCCAAGCAUCUGACGAAGCCGGUCAACGCGGCCAACAUAGUCGCGACCAAAUCCGACUCCGGUCUGUCCUCGAUGAGCGGAUGGAGCAGCUUGGACAAGUCGCCGAGUUCGCCGAAGAAUUCGAUCGGCAAGCCGUUGACUUCCUAUUCGCUCGAUCACGCGAGGACGACCCUGGCUGCGUCCUCGACGCAGCCACCGGCGAGGACCUCCAGUCCGAUACCACCCCUUCCGGAAAGCACGAGCGCCGCCGUCAUCACGCAGGAGCCUCUUUACGACACUCCCGAAGGUAGAGACGCGUUCGCCACCGCCACGGCCACCACCAGCGCUCAUACCUAUUCGACGUCGACGAUGAACCACUUGUCCUCGUCUUACGCGUCGUCCAUGAAAUCACCGGCGGCGAGCAAGGACGAUUACAAUCUCGUACCACCGCCGGCGCCUGGCGCGAGCACCUGUCAAAGUCCGAAGAAACGAACGCGCCAGCAAACGGCCCUUCAGCACAGCCUUCAGCAUAAUCUUCAGCACGGCAUUCAGCAUACCUACGAUUCCGUACCGUCGGCAACCGUGAUGGAUUACGUCUACAGAUCGGAACAGCCCGCUAUCUAUUCCGUAGCCGGUAGUAAUCGUCAACAGGUCAUUACGACCGUCUAUACCAGCGGUUCCGGUAGCUACGGCUUCAAAAUAACGGGCUAUUAUCCGGAUUCGGUCGGUCAGUACGGCAACUAUCAAGAUAGUUACAACGCUCUGCAGUACCCCGAGGCGGCCGGCAUGACGACCCAUGUGAAGAAACCAUUAAGAGGGUCCUCCUACGCGGAGCCGACGAGCAACCAGGACGGAUACAAGGCCGCGAUGUACCGUACCAUGUUUCCCACGGGAAACAUCACGGACGCUCUGUCCUACUAUCCGACGAGCGCGAGUUUACCGCGAACGGAGAACAACGAGAGUUCCUGGAUAAACUCGAUGGACGAACAAAUUCCCCACGACUCUACCUCGUCCAGUAUCAGAUCCCUUACCUCGGACGGUAGUUACGCUCAGAGCCCUUACACGGACCGAAGGUAUCCUCAACCGCCGGCCUAUCAAGCGCACCAACAAUAUCAUCACACUUACGCCAAUCAAAGUUAUCCGCAAACCGUCGGCUAUCAGCUACAGCAUCCACCUUGCGGGCAAAGGCUGAUGAGCGGGACCGAAAGCGCGCAAUUAACGGACGGCUAUCAGAGACAGUGGCAACGGGAGCAUCAAUAUAUCCAGGAACACGAAAACGCGAGAAUAUCGAUGGAGCAACAGCAGCACCAGCAGCAGCAACAGCAGCAGCAACAGCAGCAGCAACAGCAGCAGCAGCAGCAGCAACAGCAACAGCAGCAAAGCGAGUACUACGACGCCUCGAACGUGAUAGUGUCUCAGUCCGGUUACAUCAGCAUUGCUUCGAAUUUAAAGGAUCACGAGGUGGAGAGCACGAAGUUGACCAAGAAGAUUCGACGCGGCGCUUCCUUGAAAAACGCAAUGAGCUCCAUGAGCAACUGGCUGCCCGAUCUUCAUCUGAGCAAGAGACACCGAAGUCAGUCUUUGCCCGGCGGAGUCCGAAGGGAGGAUCUGGACGUGUCUCAGGACAAUCAACAGAAACUUUUGUCCGAGACGAGCGCCGGCAGAGGACGAGGCAGGACUCAAGCGCCUAGAAAAAAGAAAAAGCACACUUUGGUAUCGACCGUUUCCGGCAUUCUUCAAAAGGCCAAACGUCGAACUCAUCAUUCGCAAUCGCUGUCGGAUCCCGAACAAUCGGAGACCGAGUGGAGCAGCGGCAGACAGAGCGGACUGUCGGAGGACGAGGACAGCGUGAUGUCCGACGUUAAUCAAGAGCAGCCGUUCUUCGCGAAAGUAAAAACGGCGAGCACGAAACGGAAAGCGGCGCAGCAACCGAUCACGACGCAGCAACAACAAUCGUCUCAGCUGACGCAACAGCAACAGCAGCAACAGCAACAGCAGCAGCUGCAGCAGCAGCAACAGCAACAGCAACAACAGCUGCUGCUGCAGCAACAGCAGCAGCAACAACAACAGCAGCAACAAGCUCUGCAACAGCAGAACCUUCAACAGCAACAGGCUCUGCAGCAACAAAUUCAGCAGCACCAAGAACAGUUGCAGCAGCAAGCCGCGCAGGAGGGCUGGGCGAAGGAGAAGGAACAGAGGAGGAUCGACUCGAGCGAACACGAAUCGAGCGAGCAAACGUUAGCCAUGGAGGAGGAGGGAAAGAGCACUGGCUCGGGAUCGGGUGGAUCGUCGAUCUUUCAAACGGUCGGCGACAUAAAACGAUCGACGGGUAGCUCGGACGAGGCACCGAACGAGAAAGCGCCGAAACUUCCGCCGGUAACCAUAAUGGGCGGUGCCAGCAUGGAAUUCGCCGUGUCGAGAGCCCUAGGCAAAUAUCGCCAGCGACAAUCGUCGACGGUGUCGGACGAGCAACCGCCGAUGGAGGAAGGCGCGACCGAGAAGAAGUCCGACGAGGGUAACGGUCAAUCGUUAGAGCCGAGUUUCGAGUAUCCCGAGGAUCUCUCGGAGAAGAGCGAGAAGAGCGAAAAGUCGAGCAGCGCGCGAUUGCCCGAGUUGGUAACCAGUUUGUCGGAGGAAGCUCCACCGUCCGAGGGCAGUCCGUCGGCGUCGAGCGCGAGAGGAGGAUUCGUUCAGAGCGCCGUCACGCGAUUUCUCCCUCGACAUCAGCAAUCCCUCGAGAUACCUUGGGGAGGCGGCCGUUCCGGCGAGGACGAGGACAACAGAAGUACGCACUCUUACAGAAGCACCUCGAGGGUCUCCUCGAGACGGCAGAGCACCGAGGACUCGAUCGAUUCCGAGGACGAGUGGUACUGUUACGAGUUGCGUAAACUCGAGGAGCUAGAAAGGCAAUCGCAAAUGGAUAUGGAAAUGAGCGAGGUCUUGGUGGAGGAACCCGAGGAGCACGAGCUCUAUCAACCGGACGACGUCGUAAAGGACAGGAUGUCCUGCGUGCUCAAGGAGCUCAAAAUGAAAGCCGGCGCGAGGCCUAAGAUCGAGUCGAAGGAGGAUAAGGAGAUUUUACGAGCCGCCAAAACGAACGGUCCGAUCAUCAAGGAACGUCGAAUCGAGGAAGUCGCCGAUAGAUAUCCGAGGGACGAGAAGCCGAUUCCUAAGAGAAAAUCGGCCGAGAGUAUAGAGGCCGUGUUCGCUCGGGUUACGGACUACCACACGUGGGCGCACGAGGAGGAAGCGAGAAAGGAGAGAGCCGCUACGUCCCCGAGGACCGAGGACGGUUCCUCCUCGGGCGAGACGUCCGGUCCGGAUAGUCCUGGACGAUCUAUGGACGACGACGAGAUCGAGGAGGAGGAGGAGGAGGAGGAGGAGGAGGAGGAGGAGGAGGAAGAGGAGGAGGAGGAAGAGGUGGAGGAGGACGAGGAGGUCGAACGGAGGAGGGCUCGCGAGCGGGACGAGGAGGGAGAGGGGCAAUUGCCGAAGGAUCGCGACGAGGAACGAUCCAGACGAAGUUCCAGCGGUGGAUCUAUCCUGCGACAAGAGGAGAAAAUUCUUCGGGCCGCGGAAUCUCUCUCUCGCGAAGGUAGCCUGAUCGUGGGACUCGGAGGCGGCGAGACCUUGGAAGAGGUCGACGUCGCCGAGACGGAUGCGAGCCCGGGCCUACCCAAGAUCAAGAUCGACUCCUCCUCUUGCGCCGGGGCCGUCGACGGUACGAUCUUGAAGGAGGGCCAGGUUAGUCCCGGUCCACCUGGCUCCAAGUGGAAGCUCUUAAAAACGUUGAAGGAACGGAAGGAAGAGAAACUCAAGGAGAUCGAGGAAGCAUCGAAAGAAGCUGCGACCAUUUCUCAGGGACCCACGGCGAACGGAAGCGGACCAGGCGGCGAAUCCGGUGGACGAGCUAACGGGCAUCCAGGCGAUAAUCCUUUCUACAGCAACAUCGACAGUAUGCCGGAUAUUCGACCGCGUCGGAAGUCGAUACCAUUGGUCUCCGAGCUGACAAUGGCGGCGACGAAGAGGAACGCCGCAGGGCUCACAUCCGCGGUGCCCAGGGCUACGCUGAACGACGAGGAACUGAAGAUGCACGUCUACAAGAAAACGCUGCAGGCAAUGAUCUACCCUAUCUCGUCGACGACGCCUCACAAUUUCGUCACCUGGACGGCCACCUCGCCGACCUACUGCUACGAAUGCGAGGGUCUCCUCUGGGGUAUCGCGCGUCAGGGCGUUCGAUGCAUGGAAUGCGGCGUCAAGUGUCACGAGAAGUGCAAGGACUUGCUCAACGCUGACUGCUUGCAGAGGGCCGCGGAGAAGAGCUCGAAGCACGGCGCCGAGGAUAAAGCGAAUAGCAUAAUCACAGCGAUGAAGGAAAGGAUGAAGCAGAGGGAGAUGGAAAAGCCAGAGAUCUUCGAGCUCAUUCGCACGACGUUUUCAGUCGACCCGGAUACCCACAUAGACAGCCUCGAACAGGCCGAACAGAUCGUCCUUGAGGGUACCAGCAAGUGGUCCUGCAAGAUCGCCAUCACAGUGAUCUGCGCUCAAGGAUUGAUCGCCAAGGACAAGAGCGGUACGUCCGACCCGUACGUCACGGUUCAGGUCGGUAAGGUGAAGAAACGCACGAGAACGAUGCCGCGCGAGCUCAAUCCCGUCUGGCACGAAAAGUUUUACUUCGAGUGUCACAAUUCGUCCGAUCGGAUAAAGGUUCGCGUCUGGGACGAGGACAACGACUUGAAGUCGAAGCUACGACAGAAACUUACGCGCGAGAGCGACGAUUUUCUUGGACAAACCAUCAUCGAGGUGAGAACGCUCAGCGGCGAGAUGGACGUCUGGUACAAUCUGGAGAAGAGAACGGACAAGAGCGCGGUAUCCGGUGCCAUCAGGUUGCACAUAAGCGUGGAGAUCAAGGGCGAGGAAAAGGUCGCCCCGUAUCACGUGCAAUACACCUGCCUUCACGAGAACCUCUUCCAUAGUCUCUGCGAGGAGAACUCUGGGAUGGUUAGCCUACCGCAGGCGAAAGGCGAGGAUGCCUGGAAGGUGUACUUCGAUCCGCCCGGCGAAGAGCUCGUCGACGAAUUUGCCAUGCGAUACGGCAUCGAGAGCAUCUAUCAGGCUAUGACACACUUCCACUGCCUCUCGACAAAGUACCUGUGCCCAGGGGUCCCCGCGGUAAUGUCGACCCUGUUGGCCAACAUAAACGCCUACUACGCCCACACGACCGCCAGUUCGGCCGUUUCCGCCAGUGAUAGAUUCGCCGCGAGUAAUUUUGGGAAAGAAAAGUUCGUGAAAUUGCUGGACCAGCUGCACAAUUCCUUGAGGAUCGAUCUCUCGUCGUACAGAAACAACUUCCCAGCUUCGAGUCAGGAGAAACUGAUGGAUCUGAAGAGCACCGUCGAUCUUCUUACGAGCAUCACGUUCUUCCGUAUGAAGGUGCAGGAACUGUCGAGCCCGCCCCGAGCCAGCACCGUCGUCAAGGAUUGCGUGAAGGCUUGCUUGCGUUCGACCUAUCAGUUCCUCUUCGAGCAUUGCUACGAACUCUACAGCAGAGAAUUCCAGGCUGAUCCGAACGAACCGAAAAAGGAUCCGGAGGAUCACGGACCCCGACGGGACUCUCUCGAUUUUUGGCACAAGCUCAUCGCUUUGAUCGUUUCGGUUAUCGAGGAGGACAAGAACAGCUAUGCGCCCGUGUUGAACCAAUUCCCCCAGGAGUUGAACAUCGGUCAACUAUCGGCGGCCACGAUGUGGUCUUUGUUCGCGGUCGACAUGAAGUACGCCCUGGAGGAUCACGAGCAGCAUAGACUGUGCAAGUCCUCGGCCUAUAUGAACCUGCACUUCACGGUGAAGUGGUUGUACACGAAUUACGUGAAAGACGUACCACCUUACAAGGGUGCCGUACCGGAAUAUCCCGCCUGGUUCGAGCCGUUCGUCAUGCAAUGGCUCAACGAGAACGACGACGUUUCCUUGGAAUACUUACACGGUGCCUUCAGCAGAGACAAGAAAGAUGGGUUCCAAAAGAGCAGCGAGCACGCUCUCUUCAGCGUAUCGGUCGUCGACGUGUUUACGCAACUGACCCAGUGCUUCGACGUCGUCUCGAAGCUCGAGUGUCCCGAUCCGGAGAUUUGGAAGAGGUACAUGAAGAGAUUCGCUAAGACCAUAGUCAAGGUUCUGGUCGCUUACGCCGACAUCGUCAAAAUGGAGUUUCCCAGCCACUUGAAAGAGGAACGAAUCGCUUGCAUCCUCAUGAACAAUAUCCAGCAGCUGCGAGUGCAGCUCGAAAAGAUGUUCGAGUCGAUGGGCGGCGAAAAACUGGAGGAGGACGCGGCGAACAUCUUGAAGGAGCUCCAGCAACAGCUCAACAGCGCUCUGGACGAUCUGGCGAUGCUCUUCGCCAAGAGUCUCGAGCCGCGUAUAACGGCGUCGGUCCGAGAACUGGGAGAUCUCCUUUUGGCUAUCAAAGGUGGCGGUCAGGUUACCUUGUCUCAAGCGCAACAAAGGAACAACGUGGCCGUCGAAGCCGACGAGGUGUUGAGGCCUCUCAUGGUACUUCUCGACGGAAGUCUGUCUCUCUAUGCCGAAUCCUGCGAGAAGACGGUACUCAAGAGAUUGCUCAAAGAACUUUGGAAGAUCGUCAUGAGAAUCCUCGAAAAGACGGUCGUCCUACCACCCAUGACGGACAAGAGCAUGAUGUUCAAGAAUCUAACGGACAACGCGAAGAAUCUCGCGGCGAACGCGAAGAUAGAGGACAUGUCCAAGUUGUUUAAGAAUCACAUGACCGGAAAGCCGGACGUCAAGAACGCUCUCAGCGGUGUCAUGGAUAUCUCGAAAGAGGUGGAGAAGAAUCUGUCGCCGAAGCAGUGCGCGGUACUCGACGUCGCCCUCGACACCAUCAAGCAAUACUUCCAUGCGGGUGGGAACGGCUUGAAAAAGGCCUUCCUCGAAAAGUCUCCGGAACUGCAGAGCCUUCGGUACGCUCUCAGCCUUUACACGCAGACGACGGACACUCUCAUCAAGACCUUCGUUACCUCUCAAAUCAACCAAGUGCCGCUGAACGAUGCGUCAACGCUACGUCAGCGUCAGCGUUCGAUGAGCAGCGAGAGAGGCGACGAAGGCGAAGGAGCCGAGGGUAUGGAAAGCCUCGAGGAACCCCUUCGCCAGAGCAAGCCCUCUCUUCGUCGAGAGAGUCGUCAAGUUCCAGAUACAGCCGGUACGGACGAAGGUUCCGUCGGAGAAGUUAGCAUCCAAGUGGACCUCUUCACGCAUCCUGGAACCGGCGAACAAAAGGUCACGGUGAAAGUCGUCGCUGCGAACGAUCUAAAGUGGCAAUUGGCUACGGGAAUGUUUAGGCCGUACGUUGAAGUCAAUCUGAUCGGUCCCCAUCUGACCGGCAAAAAGAGGAAACAAUCGACGAAAUCGAAGAGCAACAAUUGGUCGCCCCAAUUCAACGAAAGUUUCGACUUCAUGAUCGGUAACGAGCAGCAACAGCUGGACUUUUACGAGCUUCACAUUUGCGUGAAGGAUUAUUGCUUCGCGAGGGAGGACAGAUUGGUCGGCGUUGCGGUGAUGCAGCUCAAGGAUAUCGUCGAAGAGGGUUCCUGCGCGUGCUGGCUGUCGCUCGGCAAACGAAUUCAAAUGGACGAGACCGGUUGGACCAUUUUGCGAAUUCUCUCGCAGAGAAACAACGACGAGAUCGCGAAGGAAUUUGUGAAGUUGAAGAGCGAUAUCAGACAGGAAACACCACUACCAAAUCCCACUUGAAACGACGAACCGUCGGCGCACUAAAAUCGACAGCGACGCGAUACGUCCUUUGAGCUUGGAAAGAGCUCCAAGGUCUGCCGAUGGCGGACAAGAUUUUGUCUGACGAUGAAGAAGCAAGAGGACGAGGAAAGAAAGAGAGAAAGACGGAAAGAAAGAAAGAAAGAAAGAGAGAGAGAGAGAGAGAAAGACGGACGGACGGACGGACAGACAGAAGGAAAGAAGGAAAGCGGGCGAGCGGGCAAACGAGCAAGAAAGAAAAAAAAAGAAAAGGGUUCGCUCUAUGGUGCCAACUACAAGCAACGUCAACGACUCAAAAGUCCCUACUGAAAAAAGACAAACGUACGAGAACGAUCGACUCCAACGGCGCGGCGAUUCCUAAUCGGCUGUUCAAAGCGCCAAUUCUCGGUCUAUCGACCGAAUCCCUUCCGCUCCGAUACCUUUAGGAUCACGACGAGAGCAACGAUUCGUUGCUACUCCGCUUUCCUGCUUCCUUCGCGCGAAAGGGAUCCGAACGAGCGCCGCUUCUUCUCCCUUUUUUACGAGUCACACGUGCAACGCGUAUACACACCUACCUCCAUGCGCACCGCACGCGCGCGCGCACACACAGACACACAGAAACACACACACACACACAGUAGCAGCAGCAAACAGACGGAGAGAGCACGGACAAAUCCAUGCGCGCGCGCGCGUGCGACACGCACCCAGUUAUCGCUCGUAAACAAUCGCCACAGAGCUAGACCAACGUUUUUUCGGCUCGUCGAUAAGAAAGAAUACGAAGUAAUAACGAGGACGAGACCUGCCGUCCUUUUUGGAAAUUCUCAACGAUACGAGCUUGACCGAGACUGAAAUAGCCCCGACGAUGACGACGACGACGACGGCGACGACGACGACGACGACGACGACGACGAAUAACGUUAUUAUAAGACGACAUUACGAGAGGCGAGCGUCAUCGAGAAGAAAGAAGGAGUCGUUUGAUUCUUUUCUUCGUUCCGUGUAUCGCGAGGAGAGAAAAGAUAGUACGUACGAAAUAGGAAGAGUGAAAACAGUGAAAACAGUGCUGCCAGUACGCAAUAUAUUUGCUAAAUAUUCGUUAUGUAAGAGAGAGCAAGGAAGAGAGAAAAGGGGAAAAAGGAGAGCGCGAGGAAAGCAAUUUUAAAGAGAGAAAGAAUUACGGACCCCUGAAAGACGAGGCAGAUUUAUCGAAGUAAAGUAAGAGGACGAGCGAUCCGCGAUCGAAAGAAAAAUAAGAGGAAGAAGAGGAAGAUAAGGUAAAGAAAGCUCGAGGGGGAGGAAAUGUAAGCGAAAGACGAUAUUCCGCGCUCGUAAAGACACGAUAACCCUUAGACCGUUUGUUCGGACGGACGAGAGUUUACUGUAGAUAAACGUGAAAACGUAUUGUUGACGAGGAAGAAUUUUUCUAACACAACUAUUUAAAUGUAGCAUUGCGUACGACCAAUGGGCGCGCCCUGACGUCAAUCAUGGCGCGCCGUUAGUAAUAAAAACUUAGGCAUUGUAAUGUAUAAAGUACGUUCUUAUUCGUAAGAGUAACAAAAGUAAAAGAAAAAAAGAAAAAAAGAACAAAAAAAGAACAAAAAAAGAACAAAAAAUGAUAAGUCGGCGAGAGUCUAGGACGAACCACGUCGAGAUCCACGAGUUGGCUUCGAGAGCUUCGAGUUUCUCUCUCUACGAGCGAACGAGCGCCCAUCGAAACGAAACUCUCGUUAUUUAUUCAUAGUAGUUGUCCAGCGAUAGGCGAAGACGUUCUAACGAUACUCGUAGCUUCGAUUUUUCUCGAAAUAUUAAAUACUAUUUAAAAGAAGAAGAAGAGGCGAGGCGCUUUUUUACGCGAACCAAAGACUCUAAGAGGUGCUAGACGCGCGAGUUCGAGUCCGAUCGAGAGAACGUAAAGUCGCGUCUUUCCGUUUCGGAGUCCGCUCGCUUCUCAUUCUCGCGUAUCGACUCUAUUCUCUUCGACUUUCUCUUUCUCUCUCCCUCCCUCCUUUUCUCUUUCUCUCUCUCUCUCUCUUUCUGUCUCUCUUUCUCUCUCUCUCUCUUACGUAAUCAAAGAAAAAAAAAAGAAAAGAAUAAAAACAGUGCACUUUUGCGUGGCAAAUAACGUUCGCUCGUGGAGACGUCGGACACGGAAAGAGCGAGAGGAGCCUUUCUUCGCUCGAAGCUUCUUCGUCGGGAUCUCGCGUGCGCUCGAUUAUAUCGAAAAGAGAGCUAGAAAGAGAGGCAAAUGAUAACCACGUCGUCCAGCCUGUGCGGAUCGGACAGGUAUAAUAAAGGUAAAAUAAAGAAAAACAAUUUCAGAGAUUACGACACGAUUAUAAUUGAAAAAGUUUCUACUUACGUAGUUACGUCUAGAUGCAUAUACUUACGUAUUGUGUAUAGUGUCUAAAAGAAAACGCUGAAUUCGUAGCUGCGAGGCCGGGUUCGUACGAGGAAUGUACGAUAGUACGUACUUACGUACGCGCUUGUAUAUGCGUGGGUACGCGAAGGUGUGAGCGCGCGUACGUACUUGCGCGCACGCGCACUCGAUCACAUCGCCGAUCUUUUCUCCGCAAGGAGCGAGCGUUUGACCAUCGACGACGAGCUUGGGAAGCGGCGACCAUCGGACCGAACCUUGAUAACACAGACCGAUUCGUUUCUUUAUUCGUCUACGAUUCUCCAAGCGUAUUCCAGGCUCGUUUCUCUUUCUUCUCCUAUUUCUUUUCAUUUUCACGUUGGGACUCGAACGUAUCGAGCGUUCAUCGAAAAACUUGCCAAAGGAAACGUGCUCUUUGCGAGAAACUAGCGAAUGGCCGUACGCGAGCUCGAUCACCCUUUCCUUUCGUACGGUCACCGUUUCCCUGGGUUCCAAGAGAAUUUCUUCUUGGGGAGUUUUACCAGGCUACGGACAUACGUACACAUACGUACAUUUAUACACGACGCAUAUCGCAUACUUUGCUUUCCGUUAAUCGUGAUUCCUACGGACGUUCGCUGGUAAGAUACCAUCUUCCGUUCCUGCGAUACGCGCAUAUUACUUUCACGUUUACUUCGUUUCGCUUGCCUAAACUCAAAACGCCGCGUGCGGUUCGGAAUCGAAAGAGAGGUCGCGAUCGAAGAACGUAAAAAAAAAAAAAAAAGAAAAGAAAACGGGCGCCCGCGAUCUCGCCGAGCCAUCCUUCCUUUCGAAAUCUGUCUAUUUUCUUCGCCACCUAAGUACGCGUGAUGAUAACGAAGAAGAAAAAGAAAAAAAAGAAAAGGCAGGUCGACCGAUGUCCGAGAUCGAGUCGAUGAGCGAGAACUCGGGAGCGCGUAAAAAGAAAAAAAAAAAGGGGAAAGGUAAACGUUAGGACGAUCGUUUUCGCCGUUUUUCUCGUGUCGCGUUGUCGACCAGCUUAACUUUUCCUCCUACUCUCCGCUUGUAUCGAUAUCUCGCAAGCUUCAAAGAAAAUAUCUCGUGCAUUCUGUGAUACUUGCCCCCUUAAAAACGCGUACACGUCGCAUACGUACUCACCUCUACGAUCUACACACGCAUCUACAUUCUACUACGCACGAACACGUAGACGAAGUUACAAAAAAGGAUACACGCAACCGAUUCUAAUAGCUACAACAUUUUUCUCUUUUCAAGGAGCGCAUUCCGAACAGAUUUAUACUCUCUGUAAUCGUUUAACGUCCGAAUAGUCUCGAGUCGAGUUGAUCAUCGAGAAGACGCGGAAUCGCAAUGAUCGAGCGUCGCCUCGAUCGUGGUACCGCGAAAACGGAGCGCGACGAUUUAUCGACGGGGAAAGAAGAAAAAAAAAAGACUAAAAGGAACAAAGCGAGUAAAGAAAAAGAAAAACGAGUACGAUAACGGCACACCGAAUCGAACCUGAAACGCAAAAGUCAAAAGUUCGCGCUUCGUCGAGCCGAGCAACGUCCCUCCCUCCUCCUUCUUUCCUCGAGAUCGAUGAAGAAGCGGCAGAAAAAAAGGCAAAAUUCGUCGUCGAUUUUUACCCUUUUUUCGCUAUCUUCUCUUCGUUCUUCUUUCGCUGUUAUCUCGAGGCAACAAGGGGGCAAUCGGUACUCGAAAGGACUCGAACCUUCGCGUUGGACUUUUGCGUUACAGUCACAGGUAAGGCCGCAGAACCAAAUAUCGAGCCAGGCUCCAGAGAUAUCGUUCGAAGCUAUCGAAAGCGCGUAGACAGGGCAAGUCGAAAAAGCCGUUUAAGGGGAGAAAAGAUACGAAUAAACAAAGAAUAUACACAACUAUUGACAAUACUAUGCUUGAAAAAAAAUCGUAUGACGCGUAUGUAAUGUACCUAACGAAUAUUAUUUAAAAAAAGAAGCAAAAAAAAAGAAAAAAAAAAGAAAAAAGUAUUAAGUCAAAAAAACAGAUGAAGUUUCGGUGCUUCGCGAGUAAAGGGAAAAGGAGCAUUUAACGAGCGAUCUUGCUAUCCGUCGAAAGGAAAACGCGAACGAGUCGCGAAGAUCUGUGCGUACGCGUGGAUGACUGCGUGCUUUAUUAGGUAUAAAAAUGAUGUCCGAUCGAACAAAGAUGCGUCGUCCCGCGAAAAGCAUUGAUAACUGUCAUCGUUGUUAUCAACUUUUUUUCACGCGUAGAUGACCAAGUAAAUUCGAUAUAAUGAGUAAAAAAAGAAAGAAAAACGAUGAGACGCCGGUGCGCAGCCUCCGAAUACAAAGGUAAAUCCAAAGCAAUUGUAUCCGAUUCAAACACGCACAUUUAACACAACAAAUUUCGAACGAAUUAAGAAGAGAGAAAGAGAGAGAGCCAGAGCGAGAGAGCGAGAGAGCGAGAGAGCGAGCGAGAGAGAGAGAGAGAGAGAGAGAGAGAGAGAGAGAGAGAUUACUAUUACAUAUAUAAAGAUCCCGAUCUUUGUUAAUAAUAAAUGUUCCACUUUCAUUCGUUCACUCGCACCAAAGAGUUGCAUUCUUAUUUCUUUCUUAAUAUCGGGACGAAAAGCUUGGCCCUUUGAAAAACAUGGAACACGAACGUCAAAGUUUCAGCUUCUUCCCGAUUUCGUCCCGUCCAAGCGAUUCUCUUUCUCUUUUCUAUAAGUCAUAUCGUUGGUGAUAAAAAAAAAGUUCAUAUCAUUCCUCUCGCAUCGUAGCCCGCAUUGUAUAUAAACGUCGCGUACAUAAACGAUAAAUAGACGAAUGAUCUUCCGCGUAGCGUCCUCGUCGCGAGAGGGAGGGAGAGAGAGAGAGAGAGAGAGAGAUAGAAACGAACAGAUCGAGGAUAACGAGUCGUACAAAUUUCUAUCGUUGCGUUACGAGCGGAUAAUCAAGAAGGUCGAGUCGACGAAUACACGUUCGCUCUUAAUAACGAUCAAAGUGUUUGGAAGAUUAAAAGAAAUCGUUCAUCGAACGAAGAAAACGCGCGCGUUUUUAAAACCGACUAUUCGUUUCGAAAAAUCGUUUGGAAAAUUCACGUCGCACCUAGACGUAUAUAUUUCUAAAUCACAAAUACAAAUUUAAGCGCGAACACGCGAAUGUCAGCGGAAAGUUUUCUCAAAAUCGCGAUCGUCGUUCCUGACCUUAUCGGUUCCGUCUUGUAAUAUAUUUUACGGGAGAACAAAGAAGAUGCUUUCUUACGUGAUUUGUACAUAUGUAAGAGGAGAUGCCAGGAGCGAAUGAGUGCGACACUGUGUGCGUCAAAACGAAUGAUGUUAAAAAACGAAUAGGUGACGGUGAAAGAACCGAAUAGAAUCUGGAGCUUGAAUGACAGCGAUUGAGAGGGGGGGGGGGGGGUAGGCUAACGUUGCGUUUCAUAUCACGAACAAAAUUAUAAUAUAUCGUUAUUUUUUAAGGAUAAAUGACACAUCGCGAGAGAGAGAGAGAGAGAGAGAGAGAGAGAGAGAGAGGAGAGGGAGAGGGAGAGAGAGGAGAACGAGGAAACGAAACGACGAAGGAACGACGAGGACGACCGGAGGUGUCGAUCGCACGGCCUGCAAAUCUAGUCGCUAGUAAAGAUAUAUAAAGUUGGUGCGAUCGAUGCCCAACACUCGCCGCGUCUCGAGUUUCUUUUUCUCGAUAAUAUCGCAAGUUCAAGAAAAGUAAAAUAAGAGGGAUCUCGCGACGAGUUGAAGAAAUAAAAAAAAUAAAGUCGCGUAACGGAUCGAGUCGGAAUAGCGUCUUACUCAAGGUCGUCGUGGCUUCGCUUCUCUCUCCAUCCUACGAGAGCUGCAUCCCCCGUCUGCCCUAUUUCAACCACCACCGAUACCUCUCCUUCGACUACCCGCAAUUUCAUUUUCACAUCGACGCAAAUACGCGCACGUGUAAGAUACUAGCGCAUUUAUCGGCCAUACUAUCACAGAUAAAUAUAUUGCACAUACGAUUGCACAUAUUAUUAUACAUAGCACGUCACUGUACAUACAUACGUAAUACACGAUCGUGAUAUUGUACGUCAUAAGUCAUAACCGAGCCGUUACCUCGCGCAAUCCUACAAAAGUCGAGAGCUUGGGAAAGAGAAACGCGAGUAAACGGCGAGGAGAGCGAAGGCGUUUUCUAAAAAUUCGAUUUCGAUUUCCCGGCUCUCCCGAAAAAAAGAAAAAAAAACAUAUAACUCCGAUAUGUCUCAGCUCGCAUUCGUAUACUCACGUAUAUCGGUGUAUCGUCGUUACUUGUGCCACGCUGCGUGUUCUCUCUUUUUCCAACCGUAUCCUCCGUUAUCGUUUCCACUUAUGUUUACUUAGCGAUAUUGAGAAAAAAAAGAGAAAAAACAAAAAAUGAAGAAAGAGAAGAAAGAGCGUAUCUUCGCAAGCUCAAAAGAAGGAAAAACGAAAGGAAGAAGAGAAAAAAUAUCGAGAUGUCUCGCACGCGUUCAUUCGAGUCGCCGAGAGGACGCCGCGAGGACGCCGCGAGCCCCUUCUCGUCCGAACAACGUCCUUUCAUCGGGAGGAAAAGAGAAAACGAACAAAGAAAAAGUAACUACACAGGACGAACGUUAGCCGUGCUUCUAUUAGAGACUUUUUUAAGGAUAUACCACCAGAGGUGCCAUCGAUCCCCGCGAGAGCAUGGUAGAGGAAGGUGUAUGUCGACGACGACGACGACGACGACGACGACGACGACGACGACAAUGGAAUCUCGAGAUGAGAGAAUACGUACCUCCCUCGAUCGUUCCUUCGCUCUAUUAGCUCGGUCGCGAGAGACGGCUUUCUCGUGACAUCGCCUCUCGGCAUACACCUACGUUUACCCUGCCCGAUGCGAAUUUCUGUAAUAACGAAGAAAAUAAUAAACGCGCUUUCGCGAACAACAAAAAGAAUAUCAGAAAGGAGCGUAUAAGCGAUAAGUACGUACGUUUACAUCGUGUGUGUAUAUAUACAUAUAUGCGUGUCAAUGUUUGUGUAUAUAUAGAUAUAUGGAUACGUGUAUUCGUGUCGCAUAUAGCUGGAUGGAGAGGGGCAGGGGCAGGGGCAGGGGAGAGCAGGGAGAGAGGAAGGGAAACUAUAUGAAUCGCGGCACGAAUAUAUCAGACAUAUGUAUAUGUAUGCACACACACAGACAACGAACUUUAUUUGAAAUUUCUCUCCUGUUGUCCGUUCGCACAGUUUUCUCGUUCCUCAUUUGUGUAAAAUGUACCAUAUCCAAAGGGUGCUCUUAAAUGGAUAGCGGAACAAAAAUGAUUUGCGUCGUAAGGCGAUAAAUAAUAAGGCAAAAAGAAACAGAAUGGUUUUCUUAUCGGAAAUGGGCUGCCUCGAAGGAAGGUAAUCCAGAGAUUCUAAUAAAUCAUUAAAACUUA